CCUUUAUCCUUUUACAACUACAACAUCAACAUCAACAUCAACAUCAACAUCAACAUCAACAAGUACUCCUCCAAAUCCUUCAAUCCUUCAAACCCCCACACCAACUGUGUAUCACAUUCGUUCAUAUAAUACGGUAUCUUCACACUCUUUCAUUCUCAUUAUUUAUACGUAAAUCCAUCCAUCCAUCCAUCCAUCCAUUUUGAUAACUCGAUACGGAACAAGGACCUUGGCAUAUCCUGCCAACAAUAGUAACUACCGAAAUUACUUGGUGCGAAUAAGAAUAAGAGUACAGGUAUCCCUGGACUACGAACUCAUCACGAUAAAUCGUGUUGCGUCAAAUCCAUCAUUCAUCCAUCUGUCCAUCCAUCAACCAGACUCGGACGCUAGGUUUCAACCCGAUUUUAGGUCCCUUUGAAGAUACUUUCUACCCGCAUUCCACCGGAGCCUCUCGCGAUAGACACCGGACGAUAAUAAAAAUUCUUGAGCGAUACGAAAUUGGUGGGAAGAGAGUUGGAAGCUAUCAGCAGAUUACCAUCGCAAUCGCGAAGACCAUUCGCGACAACUUGAACAAUGUAUCGACCCAUCCUCCUAUUUGCUUCGACAAUUCUACCUGCUAUUGUUGGUGCCCAGCAAUUGGCAGAUGGUGCAAUCGUUCCAUUUCAAUCCGACCUUCCCUCCUGCGCAUCACAAUGUGGACCUCUUUCUGACGUUCAAGGAGCUUGCGUUCCUCCCAAAAUCGCCGAUGUCUCUAGUUCUUGCUUUUGCGCCGAUGCUAGAUUAAAACCUUUCCUCACAGGAACAACUGGAGUUUCUUCUGUGUGCGGUGCCGCGAGUUGUACGUCGACUACAGAUCUACAGGCAAUUGAAACUUGGUACGAGCAAUAUUGUAACACGCCAUCGGCAUCAACUACAUCGAGUGGUGGAAGUUCAGCAACUUCUUCCUCAAGUUCUAAUAAUAAAAACCCAACUUGGUAUGCAGCCACUACAUAAAAGAAACUAAUUCAAAUAGCUAAUUCCCUCAAAGGUUUUCUAGCCAUGUGAAAUGGGUCGCAAUGCUUAUUGUACUUGUUGUCGGAAUAUCUGGUAUAUGGAUACUAGCAUUUUAUUUUAGAAGACGAUAUCUAAGGAAGAGGGAGAGAGAGAUUGAAAUGAGGCCUCCAAUUGCUUUAGGACCACAUCAACUUCAAAGUACAACAGGGGGAUACGGUGACGGUGACGGGGCCAUGAAUGCUGCCGAAGGAGGACAUCAUAAAGAAGCAGCUCGGACGACUGUGACAUCUACACCAGCAGAAGCAACAAGGGGUAAAAGGGAAAGCAAAGGUCUUCAGAAAAAGCAACGAGCUUAAACUAUUGGAUCUUGUAGCAUAUGAUGAAAAUCAUGAUGGAAUUCAUGAUGAAGGCGUUAGGUUUGGGAAUAUACUUUUUCGGGAAAAGUCUAGGACAUAUGGUCUGUAUUGAAGAUAUAUAAUGGAUGGAGCUUUGUUGAUACCCGCAACUGGAUGGUGAUGCAGCACAUAAGGAGAUGACUCCUUUGAGUCUUAUUGGGCAUAUUUUUGAGGAGGCAUCAGAUACUGGUAUUUUAAUGAAGUUUUCCAUAUUCACAUCUUGUCCAGUGCAAGUGAAUUUGGUGGUCAUACCUCGCUUUAACCAGCGAAGAGGGAACAUUUCCUAGUAGUUCUCAUCUCUACCUUCAUUUUCCCGAGGAAUCUUUCUAAUCCCGAAUUGUCAAUACAGCAAAAACUUUUCAGGAUUGAUGCAAAACGUAUAUAGUCAGGAACACUCAACGGUUCUUGUUUUCAGAGAAUUUAAUGAUUAUUUGGAAUGGUGUAUAAAUUG